AGUUGGUUCGCCGCGGCGACUGGUGGUGUCGUACAGACGUGUUAAACUAAAAACCUUCUUCGCUCUGGUCGGCACACGGUACGCGGUUUUCCCUUUUGCGCGCACCUUGCCCACGGCCGUGUAAAAACGUACACCCGUUUUUCCCCGGUGCCACCGGCGAGAGAACGCGCGCGCGAGAAUCGGAGCGGCGGGCUCGUGAACCGACGACGGGACGAUCAUUAGUCAAGGGGGGACGGAACAGAGAGCCCGGCUACGAGAGCUCUCGUUCACGGGCUUCGAGAAGCGGAGAGACCGGCCUGCCCGUCGACGGCGACGGGCGGCGAGAGAGACACCGCAUACAGGGCGCACGAUCUCUCGUUACGGGACGCGGAACCGCGAAAGGCGCCAAGUUCUCCCGACGGUGUUCUCGUUAUACGUUACGACGCGCGCGCGAGAUUCGACUCCUGGUGGCUGCAACUGAGCUCGACCGGUUCGAGGAAACAGCCGCGGCGGUACGCGGACUUCUCGGCUAUUCUACCAUCUCGGCGAGUACCUGUCCGUCGUAGGUACACCCCAGCAUCGUCGAGGUAACGAGAAGAGAAGGCGGGCACACUCAAGUGCGCGGUCCUCUGAACGGCGAUUAAUAACGCAAUUGAGAGGCGUCGAUAUAUAUAUAUAUAUAUAAGAAGCGAAAACUCUCGGGACAACCGGAUGUUGAUUUCUCUGCAUACUUGUAUAUGACAACACACUCCGACCUCACGAAAGAUCAGUGAAACGUGCCGUGACCUAGUGUCCCGACGAACGACAAGGAGAAGGAGGCUUGUACAUACUCUGUGGCUCUCUGGAGAUCGGCGAGGAACGCCAGCGUCGGGUCGCUAUGAUGGAGUCACUCUGCCAGGUGAACGGCAGUAAGACCAACGGAGACCUUAGCAACGAAACCAACAACAACAAUACGAACAACAAUAACAAUACCCACAACAACAACAAAAAUAAUAACAACAACAAUAACAACAGCAAUGCUACCGAUUGUCCGGAUCCUCAGCAGAGGUUGGCGGUGCUGAGUUUCGAGCAGGUCCGCCGCCUGAACGACGUGAUGAACGAAGUCGUCAGCAUUCACGGCCGAGGGAACUUCCCCACCUUGGAGGUCCGAUUGAGGGAUCUCGUGACGGUGGUGCGCAGCAAGCUGGAAACCGAUCCGAGCAACGGGGGCGCCGGCAUGAGGGUACGCGACAUCCGGCUGAACGGCGGCGCCGCUUCCCACGUGCUGGCCACUGAAUCCCAACCCUACAACGACCUGGACCUUAUCUUCGCGGUCGAGCUGUCCAGCGGCCGUAAUUACGACAAGGUCAAGGCCGCGGUGCUCGGCUCCUUGUUCGACUUGCUGCCGGAGGGCGUGAGCCGAAAACGCAUUACCACCUGUAGCCUAAAGGAGGCAUACGUAAGCAAGAUGGUGAAGGUUAAUAACGACGGUGACCGAUGGUCCUUGAUCUCCCUCGGCAACUCUCGAGGUCAUCGAAAUGUCGAGCUCAAAUUUGUCGAUUCCAUGAGACGGCAGUUUGAGUUCUCCGUUGAUUCUUUCCAAAUUGUUCUCGACUCCCUGCUGCUGUUUUACGAGUGCAGCAAGUUGCCGAUCGCCGAGAACUUCUACCCGACCGUGGUGGGCGAGUCCGUCUACGGUGAUUUCCAGGAGGCGCUCUAUCAUCUGCACAAGAAACUCAUCUCGACGAGGCAUCCGGAGGAGAUACGCGGCGGCGGCCUGCUCAAAUAUUGCAACCUACUGGUGAAGAUGUACAAACCGUCUCAGCCGGAUUACAUCAAGACCCUCGAGCGAUACAUGUGUUCGAGAUUCUUCAUCGAUUUCCCGGACAUAGGUCAGCAGCGCUCCAAGCUUGAGAAUUAUCUGUGGAAUCACUUCGUCGGGCCCGAGGAAGAGGCCCUGAAGUAUCAGUACCUGAUGCUGCUGCAUAGCGUCGUCGAGGAAUCUACCGUAUGCCUGAUGGGUCACGAGCGACGGCAGACACUCGCCCUGAUCCAGAACCUAGCCUAUCAGGUGCUCUGCCAGGAACAGCAGCAGCGGCUGACGAGUCAUCAGCAGGCGCCGCAGGGUCCGCCUGCAACCUAUGUAUACGCCAACGGCUAUUACUACGCGCCCGUGAUACCAACGGCGGCAUGCUACACGUGCACCUGCAACUGGAUGGCGUGCUCCUCGUGAUGCGACGAUAUCGGCGAUAAC